AUGUUCUCGCCGGCGGUGGGUUAUAUGGCGGCGGAGUUUGGGGAGAGUGAUCAGACGUUGUUGGCUUUUAGUGUUAGUAUUUUUUUGCUGGGGUAUACGUUCGGUCCGCUACUCCUCGCCCCCCUUAGUGAAAUCUACGGCCGUCGAAUCGUGCUCAGUGCUGCCAAUUGGUUCUUCGUUGCUUGGCAAAUCGGAUGUGCUCUGGCCCCGAAUCUCCCUGCGCUCAUCGUAUUCCGAUUUCUUGCUGGUAUGGGAGGUGUUGGGUGUCUUACUCUCGGAGCGGGUGUCAUUGCGGACCUGUUUCCUGUUGAGAAGCGCGGAAUGGCAACGUCUAUCUGGGCUAUGGGACCCCUUAUUGGACCUGUUGUUGGGCCUAUUUGUGGUGGAUUCAUCGGCGAGGAGAUUGGAUGGAGAUGGGUGUUCUGGAUCUUGUUGAUUGCCGGUGGUGUGCUGUCCUUUGGCAUCGAAUGUCUCAACCGCGAAACCUACGCCCCGGUUCUCCUGCGCUGGAAGACAGCCAAACUAGCCAAAGAAACCGGCCGCACCGACCUAUGCAGUGCAUACGAAGCCGAUAAAGAAUCCGCCUCUCUCCCCGACGUCCUCCGCCAGGGCAUGCGCCGCCCCGUCCUCCUCUUCAUCAAAUCCCCCAUCGUCUUCCUCCUCUCCACCUACAUGGCCUUCAUCUACGGCCUCCUUUACCUCUUCUUCACAACCAUCUCGUCUGUAUUCCAAGAAAACUACGGCUUCUCCACCGGCCUCUCGGGCCUCGCCUACUUAGGCAUCGGAAUUGGCUUCAUGACGGGCCUUGCCGCCGUCGCCAUCACAAACGACAAAGUCGUCAUGGCCCUAACCGCCCGCAACAACAACAAAUACCAGCCCGAAUUCCGCCUCCCCGCCAUGAUCAUCUUCGCCUGCAUCCUUCCCAUCAGCUUCUUCUGGUACGGCUGGUCCGCAGACAAACAUGUGCACUGGAUCGUGCCCAUCAUCGGCAUGUUCCCGUUCGGCGUCGGCAUGAUGGGCAUCUACAUGCCUAUCCAGAUGUAUAUCAUCGAUUGUUACCCUACGCACGCGGCGUCUGGGAAUGCGACGCUGACGGCGACGAGGUCGUUGCUGGGCGCGCUUUUGCCGUUGGCGGGGCCGAAGAUGUUUGCGAGUUUGGGGCUGGGGUGGGGGAAUUCGUUGCUGGGGUUUAUUGCGUUGGCGUUUUUGCCAGCGCCGAUUGUGUUUAAUCGGUAUGGGCAGAGGAUUAGGGAGAAGUUUCCGCUUAAGCUGUGA